GCUAUGGUGGCUGUGCCCAUCGACAUCUUAAAUGUAGCGCGCUGUCCAUGAGUGUCCGAAAACUGUACUGAUUUUCCAUGCUUUGGGCUUUGGCAUUUCUUUGUCUGAGCUCCGGUGAAACCUUUGCUGAAACUUGUGACCACCAGUCUGCGCUGCAAGUGAGAAAUGUCACGAGUGCGGCUGUGCCGCUUACUGAAUGGUUUCCGGACCAACAACCUUCCGAUGUGUAUUUUGAAAGCGAGGACUCCAGCGCCUGGCGCAGCCCGCGCGACCUGGCGCUUCUGCCGGCGCCCACGGAGCUGCGCUUGGCCAACGGCGAGACGAUGCGCAUCUUCAGCGCCGUGCCCAGCUUCGGCGAAGAUGGCAAUUUUAUUGCCUUGCUCCUGACCAAGAGCACGAAGCGCUGGGUGUCAGAAAAUCUUCCACUGUUUUGUUCGGGUCCCAACGGCGCCCAUCGGCGUCCAGUGCGCGGCUAUCGACGCGUCCUGUUGUGCGAUUGGCCUGCGGAAGAAACCGACAGAGAAAGCUUCGAGGUCUUUCUGGAGGACCAGGAUGGAAAGCAUCUCUUGAGGGUCCUGGCCAGAAGAAAAGUUGGGUUGCUGCAGAAGUACCACACAAUGGCCUGUGUCCGGGACGUCUUUUUUGAAAGCCGUGAAUUCUUCAGUGCUGCAUUGAAGCAAUUGGUGGAAUGGCUGGAAUUCUACCGCUUUCAUGGAAUUGAGCACUUUUUUGUGUAUACUUUCCGAGGAACAGAAGACGCGGUAAAGGAAUUGCUGAUGCCAUACCUUCGCCAGGGCCUUGCAACAAGGAUCCAUUUUGACGACUAUCCUAGUGACAAGAUCCAUCGACAGCACCAGGUUGUCCAGGACUGUCUCUACCGCGCCAAAAGUCAUACCACUUGGCUGUUGCCUUCUGUUGAUGUCGAUGAAUACUUUCAUCUUAAGUCUGGCCACUUCUUUCCUGACGGUGUGGUGCCGCAAGACUACCUGAAGACGGCUUGGGAUGCCAUCGUCAAGUGGAAAGGAAAACGGCUCGAAGAAGUCAGAAGCGUCAGUUUCCGCAGCUUCCGCUUCGCCCGUGCUCCGUCGGAUUCGCUGGAGAUUUCUUCGGCCUGGCGCGAGGCGAAGCUGCCGCGCAGCCAUAAUCAUCCGGAGAAGCUGGCCAAUGGAAAGUUUGCCUGCAACGUGCAUGUCGUGCAUAGUCUCUGGUUCCAUUUUGCCACCGCCUGUGAAAACGCGACCGAAGACAUUAUGCUGCCAGAAACCUUGGGAGUGGGGAACCACUAUCGCGUGGACUGGCAGUCCGGCCACAAAUACGGAGACCAUUUUGGUCAUGACGACCCGAAGGCCAGCACCUUUGAUGAUCUGUUAACUUCUGAAGUGCCUCUGCUGGAACAAGCUAUCCAACGGCGCUUUGGUGAAAAACCUCAAACGCUGCUGAAGCGACUGAGCGCAGAACAUCCCCCAGUGCACCUGCAUCAAAGCAUCGCCGCUGACGACGAUGACGACGCCGACGAGUUCACCUCGGAGUGACCGGGCCACCGAGGUGGCCCGGUCAGGGGUCACCUUAGAUGAUUUGAAAAUGGAGAUUGAAAUGGAU